CGUCACAAAAACACGUGUCCAGGGCCCUCCAACUCCACUAGUGCUCCGUAGUGACGGUGUUAUGGGUGAAUAUGAGCCAAAAAUUGAAGUUCAGUUUCCAGAGGUCAUUCAAGUUGCAAAAGGAUCUACAGUAAAGCUGGAAUGUUUCGCCCUGGGAAACCCUGCACCCUCUAUUAGCUGGAGAAGAGUGGACAGGGUGCCCUUCCCCAGGAAAGUUGACAUGAGAAAGGCCAGCGGCAUCCUAGAAAUCCCAUAUUUCCAGCAGGAGGAUGCUGGCACAUAUGAGUGUGUGGCUGAGAACUCAAGGGGAAUGAACACAGUCAAGGGAAAGAUCUCUUUUUUUGCUCCACCUCAUCUCAUUGAGAAGCCCCAGGAUGUCCAGAAGCUCAUCGAUGACUCGCUGGUGUGGGACUGCAAAGCCACGGGGAAGCCCAAACCCUCUUACAGAUGGAUGAAAAAUGGAGAAAACCUCGAGUCUGCAGAGGAGCGCAUACAAGUGGCCAACGGGGUUCUGUCGAUCAGUCGCCUGACCCUGUCUGACACAGGAAUGUAUCAGUGUGUUGCUGGGAAUAAGCAUGGUGAAGUCUACUCCAAUGCCGAGCUGCGAGUGAUAGCCGUCGCCCCGGAUUUUUCUCACAGUCAGCUGAGAAGCCAGACGCUGGUGAAGGUUGGAGGCGAUGUCCUCAUAGAAUGCAAGCCCAAGAUGUCUCCUUGGGGUGUGAUCUUAUGGCGGAAGGGCAGUGAACCCCUCCAUGAGAACAACAGAGUUUCCAUUUUGGACAACGGCAGCCUUCGGAUAUGGAAUGUCACCAAAUCUGAUGCGGGCCUUUAUACCUGUAUAGCAAGAAACCAGUUUGGAGUGGCAAGUAGCACAGGAAGUGUGACAGUUAAAGAGCCGACCAUCAUCACCACCCAACCCACCACACUGGACAUCUCGGUUGGGGAAAGUGUGGUUCUACCCUGUCAAGUAAGCCACGACCCGUCUCUGGAGCUCAAGUUCACCUGGUUCUUCAACGAGCAGCUCAUCCACUUUGGAAGCCACGGUGAAUUCUUUGAGAAAGUGGGGGGUCAUUCUGCAGGGGACAUUAUGAUUCGAAACAUCCAACUGAGGCAUGCGGGGAAGUACACCUGUGCUGUGCAAACCAAGGUGGACAGCAUUUCCAUCGCUGUGGACUUGGUUGUUCGAGGUCCUCCAGGGCCCCCCACCAGCAUCCAUGUAGAAGAAAUCACUGAUACCACAGCCUCUCUGUCCUGGAGGCCUGGUCCUGAUAAUCACAGUCCAAUUACAGCAUACACCAUCCAGGCCAGGACACCAUUUUCCCUGGGGUGGCAGGCUGUUACGACAGUUCCUGUGGUGGUUGGAGGUCACCAAUUGACGGCUACAGUAAUAGACCUGAACCCUUGGGUGGAGUACGAGUUUCGAGUCCUGGCAAGCAACAGAAUUGGGACUGGAGAACCCAGCAAGCCAUCAAAACAAGCACGGACGAAGAGCAACUCUCCGAAGGUCACUCCAGCUAAUGUGAGCGGAGGCGGAGGCAGUCGCUCUGAAUUAGUCAUCACUUGGGAGCCUGUUCCAGAGGAGCUACAGAACGGACCUGGGUUCGGCUACGUUGUAGCCUUUCGCCCCCACGGUGCCACAGGCUGGAUGCAGGCAGCGGUCCCAUCGCCUGAGGUUUCCAGAUAUGUCUUCAAAAACGAGACCAUCCAGCCGUUCUCGCCUUUCCAUGUCAAGGUUGGAGUUUACAACAACGAAGGGGAAGGGCCGUUUGGACCUGUUACCACCAUCUACUCUGCUGAGGAGGAGCCCAGCCGAGCUCCCACCAGGGUUCGUGCCAAAAGCCUCUCCGCAUCUGAAGUAGAAGUUUUGUGGAAAGCUCUGCCCUGGAACGCCAGCAGGAGGAGAGUGCUAGGCUACGAGUUGAGGUACUGGAGUAGAAGCGAAAGGGAAGACAUCGCCAGCAUGCAGAGAACCGUAGGAAAUCAAACGUCUGCUGUUAUCCUCGGGCUCAAAGGCAGCACCACAUAUUACAUCUCAGUGAGGGCGUAUAACACUGCUGGGACAGGACCACCCAGCAGCACUGUCAACAUGACCACCAAAAAACCACCGCCCAGUCAGCCACCUGGUAAAGUGAUGUGGAACGCAUCAAACUCUAAGAUUAUUUUGAACUGGGAGCAGGUCAAAGCCCUGGACAAUGAGUCAGAAGUGACUGGUUACAAAGUUCUGUACAAGAAGAAUCAGCACAGUCGGCCCAGUGUCAUGGAAACUAACACCACCUCUGUGGAGCUCGCUCUUCCCACUGAUGAGGAUUAUAUCAUCCAGAUAAAGCCAUUUGGAGAAGGGGGGGAUGGUAGCAGUAGCAGGCAGAUCACCAUCCCAAAGAUACCAGGUCCCAACGCAAUGGGGUCAGCUUCCAAGGUCUCCACCCUGUCCGCCCUCAGCACAAUAGCUCUGUCUUUUACAGCACGGACAUCUUUAUGACAAACAGCU